UGUUACUCAGCCUGACAGAGAGACGGACGAUGAGUGAAGUGUGGAGUGCUCGAUGGCUCGAAAUAGUCAGCUAGUGUUCAUUUAUCCUGUCCAAGGUGCUUGCGAUGACGGCCAACUCUGGAGGACUUCUCAAUCGGCUAGCCGACACAUGACAAGUCCAACCUAUUGCUAGAAUGUCUCCGUGGGAAAGAAUUCUAGCUUUACUGCUUCCCAUCACCGUCGUAUUCACCAUUAUGCCCCAAGGUACACAACAAGGUCCACAUGAAAAGAGACUACUAAAUAACUUAUUGGCACCAUACAACGUAUUGGAAAGGCCCGUCGCGAAUGAGUCAGAAGCUCUGGAAGUCAGAUUCGGCCUAACGCUUCAGCAAAUUAUCGACGUGGACGAAAAGAACCAGAUCCUUACUACCAAUGCAUGGUUAAAUUUGGAAUGGAAUGAUUACAACCUGCGAUGGAACGAAUCGGAAUAUGGAGGUAUUAAAGAUUUAAGAAUAACGCCUAACAAAGUGUGGAGACCUGACGUUUUGAUGUACAACAGUGCGCAUGAGGGUUUCGACGGGACUUAUUCAACAAACGUUGUGGUCAAACAUAACGGCAGCUGCUUGUAUGUCCCUCCGGGUAUCUUCAAGAGCACAUGCAAGAUAGACAUUACGUGGUUUCCAUUCGAUGACCAACACUGUCAAAUGAAGUUUGGUAGCUGGACUUACAAUGGCAAUAAGCUCGACCUGGUGCUAAAUAAUGAAGAAGGUGGAGACUUAUCGGAUUUCAUCAUGAAUGGAGAGUGGUACCUCUUGGGUAAGUAA